AUGAAGCGCCCGUCCCUGCUCCUCGCUGUGGCUUUGGGCUUGGCGACCGCUGUCUCGGCCAGACCCGCGGUGAUUGAGUGCUGGUUCGUGGAGGAUGCGGGCGGGGGCAAGUUGGCCAAGAAACCCGCUGCCCUGCUGCUGCGCCAGGGCACGGAGAGCCCACCUCCCCGACCGGACCUCGCCCCAGAGCGCUACCUCAAAGUUCACGACCCCGCGGACGCCCUUCAGGCCGCCUUCAGGCGGUAUCCCCGGGACGCCCCCGCGCCACGCUGCGAGAUGAGCUUCUACAUCCUGUUCCCAGCCUCGGCCAAAUGGCUCAGCGGCUUGACCCCGGGGCAGAGCUGCCCGCGAGCCCUGGAUGGGACUUGGCUCAUGGUCAGCAUGUCUAGCCCGUUCCUCAGCCUCUCCAGCCUCCUUCGACUACAGUCGGAGCCUCAGCCGGAGCCUGCUCUCAUCACCAUGGCAACAGCUGUCCUAACUGUCUUCACUCACACCCCCACCCCUCGCAUCCAAAUGGGACAAGAUGCCUUGCUGGACUUGAGCUUUGCCUAUGUGCCCCUCACCUCCAAGGCUGCUACUUCCCUGGCCCCAGGUCCGCCUCCCUUUGGGCUGGAGUGGCGACGCCAGCAUCUGGGUAAGGGGCACCUGCUGCUAGCUGUGACUCCUGGACUGAAUGGGCAGGUGCCAGCUGCCCGAGAGGGGUCAGUGGCAUUUGCUGCUUGGGAUGAUGAUGAGCCCUGGGGACCAUGGACUGGAAAUGGGACCUUCUGGCUGCCUGCAGUUCAGCCCUCCCAGGAGGGUACCUAUCUGGCUACUGUCCACCUGCCAUACCUACAAGGGCAGAUCACCCUGGAGCUUGCUGUACAGAAAACCCCCACGGUGACCCUGACACCAGCGGCUCUUGUAUGGGCUGCUCCUGGGGAGGCACCCCCAGAGCUGCUCUGCCUUGUGUCCCACUUCUACCCCUCCCAGGGCCUGGAGGUGGAGUGGGAGCUUCGGGGUGGGCCAGAGGGUCGCUUUCAGAAGGCUGAGGGCCAGAGCUGGCUCUCGGCCCUGAGACAUCACUCAGAUGGCUCUGUGAGCCUCUACGCACAUCUGCAGCCGCCCCCAGUCACCAGUGAGCAGCAUGGGGCCCGCUAUGCCUGCCGGGUCCACCACCCCAGCCUGCCUGCCCUGGGGCGCAGCGCUGAGGUCACCCUGCAGGUGGCUGGUUUCUCUGGCCCCUCUCUGGAGGAUGGCAUCGGCCUCUUCCUGUCUGCCUUUCUCCUCCUUGGGCUCCUGAAGGCACUGAGCUGGGCUGUUGCCUACCUGACCACACAGAAUUCAAUGGAAAAGAAAACAGAGUGA